CACACACGCACGCACGCACGCACGCGCAGAUAGUUAAUCUACGAAGAGCAGUCACUCAGUGGUAAUCUGCAAUAGUCAUACGGAGUCAACAGGACACACACACGCACACACCCACACGCACGCACACACGCUCCAGUUUUAAUAUCAGAGUUCCUUGAAAGAAGUAACUUUCAAGAACUUUCAACUUUCAACAAGAACUUUCAACAAACUUUCACUUUUGUUUCCAGUCUGAAGCUCAUCCUGCCGUUGUUCUUUUUUCUUUUCUCGAUACAUUGUAACUUUAAAGAAGCGGCUGAAGCUUCAUCUCUUCUUUGUUGGUUUCAUUGUGAUUUGAAGGCGCGGAUGUAAACACAGCCUCAUCUGGUCCUGCUAACAGAUGAAAGAAGUGUCUCUCAGCGUGUUUAAAACUUUUUUGAUAAAAUGUGUUUUCUCUCAGCUCAGCUGCUAAGUAAUCCUUUCUUAAACAGAUAAAUGAAAAAAAACUCAGACAUUUUAAAUAAUUUAAAAUGUAUUAAUUUAUUCAAAUGCAAAUGAUUAGACAGAGUGAUUUUCCUCAUGUAGGACAUUAAUUGCAGUGGUUGUGCUACUUCCGGUCGGAGUGAGCGCUCUGUCUGUUUCACCUCUCUGUGGCGUGACCGCUCGUGACGUCAGGGCUGCGGGUUAAAGGGCCUGCAGCACCGUGAACACAUGAACCAGAGGAGUCCACAUCAGCCUGUUUCCACUGCAGGACGGAACCCCCUGAAGUGGUGAACAGUAGUUCUUCUGGCAGCCCCCCCCCCCCCCCCACCCCCGUCCCACACCUGGCACAUCAGAACAGCUACCAUCAGGAAGGCGACAGCGCUGCCGUCAGCUGAUUGGUCAGUGAUGGUCAUCUCUCUCGACAGACCCACCAUGUUUGAGCAGCUCCUCCAACCCUCUGUGGCUGUUUGCAUAAGACGAUUUGCACACACUGGUUGUUCUGUUAACUCUUUCAUUUCACUUGUUUUAAUGUCGGUGCGCCACACGGCGUUGGUGUUCGGCCAGCGUGCAGACGUUUCUCUCCGUAACAGGAGAGGAGGAUACAGGACGGCGCUGUCUGCGGUGGGAAAGUUCUCCAAGCUGCCCCAGCAGUGCCCCUGAGGAGCGACGAGCGGAGAGUGAAGGACCACAACAGCUGGAGCGGAGCCCGGCGUUUACUGUCGCUUAAUGACGUCACGUACCUGCGUCGUUACGCAGCCGGUCACGGCCCCGCCCACAUUCCAGCCGUGGCCCCUGCACUGGAGACGUGACACAGAUUUGACACGCCUUUUUUUUCCUGCCCAUACCAGUUCAUCCCAGCCGUACCAUACCGGUACAUACUGCACAGGGGAAACAAGGCUGUGGAGCCACGAGUCCACAUGGAACCAUGUGAGUCCUCAUAGAGUCACAUAAGUCCACAUAGACCCACAUGAAUCCAUACAGAUCCAUAUAGAGCCGCAUGAGUCCACACAGGUCCACGUCGAGCCACAAGAAUCCACACCCAUUCAUUUAUUUAUUUUUUUUCUUUACAUAGCUCGACGGCAGUUGGGCCCAGGGCUAUGGGUCAGUAGUGUGUGUGUGUGUGUGUGUGUGUGUGUGUGUGUGUGUGUGUGUGUGUGUGUGUGUGUGUGUGUGUGUGUGUGUGUGUUUGAGAGGGAAGGAGAGAAUGAGCAUCUCCACUCCCCUCCGGUAGGGGGCGCUAAAUCCCCUUCGCCCGCUUCCAGCUGCAGACUGUAACCAUCGAGUAAGACUAAAGUAAACUGCUGGGGUGUUUACUUUUGAUCGUAAUGACAGAAGUUCUUCCGAAGUAUCAACACACAACGGGAGGAGUUCUUUCUUCUGGAUGACCGGUGACAGGAUGAGUUGCCGGUGCUGUACGUGUGUGAAGCGGCGUCACGACGGGAGCAGCUCCGGUUAAAAGCGAUUCUACGGGAGCUAGCGGAGCUAGCUGGGCUAACGGAGCGAGCUUCACCCGGGAGUCUUGAAUGUUGAGCUGGGAGCAGCUGAGCCACCCGAACACCGGAGAGAAGACUUUAACCAGCACGAAAUCAAUAUGGACUCCAGUGGUCUGCUGGGUGAAAAUUUGUCUCCAGAGUCGACGGUGACCUCCCUGCUGUCCAGUUCAGGCCACCUGAGGAGCAGCCUGAGGCCUCUGGACAGCAGCUUCACUUACAGAGACAAGGUCUAUGAAUCAGCCUCGGCUGCGCUGGACGCAUACAUCUUAGACUUUGAGAGGAGUCAUCAGCACAGAGACACAGAAACGCUUCGAACUCACAACGUGUUCUCCACGCCGAGUCGACGCAGACUCAGCACGCUGCGGAAUAAAGACGUUCUGAGGGAGCGCUUGACUGAGAAGGAGCUGGACUUCCUGAACCUCCCCGUCAGCUCCCUCCAUCACCGCAGCAACCGUGAGCGGCUGUCCAUGACCACGGACGAGCUGCUCUCCAUCCCCCACGACGGCACGGAGCCCGUCACACACACCACCGCCUUCAUCCAAGGACUCCUGUCUGGGUCUGGAGCGUCCCAGCUCCGCCCCUCCUCCUCCCCAUCCAGACCUCCAGGCCACAGAGCCCCCGGGCUGAGGAGCAGCCCCUCCCUCCACCACAGCCUCCCUCUCUCUGGUCCAGCCAGGAGCUGCAGGUGCAGGAUGAGAGCAGCUGAAUCCACAGGCAGACCAGGUGUCGACGUCGCCUCUUUGAGCAGUUUAAAGUGUGCACGCAGCCCGGCGAUGCCCCGGUGGGGGGCGGAGCCGCCCCCCUCCUCCUCCUCGCUCCACCUCCCUCACUGGUUAACCAGCCACAAGGCUGAGCUGGACUGCUCCGGGAUGAGCAGCCUGCCCGACCUGCAGCACCCGGCCUGGGUCCAGAGCUGCGAGCCGGACCAGCCCGACCCCCCCUCGCGGCCCUGGGACCGGCCCGGGAUUUUCCCACCUGCAGCGCCUAAAGCUGGACCUCCGUCCUGGGUUGCAGAUCUGGAGGAGGAGGAGGAUCCUGAGCAGUUCGCCGAGCACAUCUCCGCGAAGACGCGGGGCUGCAACGCCGUGUCGGCCCUGCUCACAGACGGCAGGCUGGAGUCCCUGAUCCGGAAGGCGGACCACGUGUUGACCUCUCUGUCUCAGGGCUGUGCAGCGGCGGAGAGCGACGCGCCUCCAGGUAAAACGGAGGAGCUGUCACUCCGUCCUCCGUCCCCCCGAGACGUGGCAGCGGAGGAGGUCGACUCCACACAGACGGACAGAGACGUGCAGGCUGCGAGCUGCAGCUCUGCAGAGAGCAGCUCCUGGAAGCCGCCCGGCCCUGCAGAGGCUCUCAAACAGAUGCUGUUCAGGCUGCAGGACGUGGAGGCGGAGCUCCAGCGACGGCGGCGCCCGGCGGCCUCAGCACCGGCCGGCGAACCGCCGACGCCGGACAAGCAGAGGUCUGAUGUUGAAGCAGAACUCCAGAGUUCUCCUGGUCGACCGUCACUACAGAGAGCUCUGUUUCACCUGCUUCGCCUGAAGCUGCUGGUGGAAGAACCGACACACAAACGCACGGAGGAGGAGGAGGAGGGGGAGAAGGAGGAAGAUGAAGGACGAUACUCCUCCUCGUCUGCUGACGGGAUGACGUGCUCUCAGCAGGGAGCCUCGUGAGGCUGAUCAGAACGUUGCUUUCUGACAGGUUUUUACUGGAAGUUGCCUUAUUCUUAUGGUUACAGAGGAACUUUGAGCUGUUUGUUCGGUCAGUAUUAAUCACCGCUUAGGCGAUGCAGCUCCUUCAAAUCGCCAACAUUAGCAGUCAGUUUAGACUUAAUGAACGCUUUUCUCUGUUCAUGUGUUACAAAGCUUAUAAAGCGUUACAAUAUAACGACACACUAACUGUUACAGUUAGUAUCGCAGCAUGCUAAUCCCACUGGUUUCUGUGAGUUUUAGGUCACUUUAAAUGUCUUUAGCUGGUUUCAGCAUCAGUGGAGUUAAGUUUUACGCCAAUUCCUGAAAACAUAUUUAUAGAUUCUCCACAGAGUGUGAAACUCUGAAAACCUUCAGACCAAACACUCCAACACGAACGAGCUGAUAAAUCGAUGGGAGCUGUUCGUCCUGUCAGCUGGGCCCAGCGUUCUUUCCUGAGCAUAUUUUAUAACCUCUGCCAACGGUUUAUACUUUUUUUCCUCUGCUACUGUACUUUUUGAAUUUAGUUUUAUCCUAAAGAGCACUUUGAGAACAAACAGACUCCAGUGAGAGGAUUUAUCUUCACAUCACAUCGGCUCAUUAACAGAUUAACUAUCACCAGGAACCUUUGAGACUCUUAGCAAAUGUCUGAACUGAGUGAUAUGAAGUAUUUCAUGUUGAUAUUUCUGUCUACGUUUUGAGCGUGACGUGCUCGGGUCACCUUUCCUGUAUUUAAUAUUAAGACACGAUUCUUGUCUCGCAUUGCACAAAAUGACUUUCAGAAGACGUUUUUAUAUUGUUUCCACAGAGAUUUUAAUAAACUCGUCAGUGUUGGCAGCCU